UGUCGAAGUUCGAUUUGUGGCGCCAAAACAGAAGGUAGUGAUAAACGAAAGCAGGAUUUGCAGCAGUCACGAAAAUGUACAUAAAAAACAUAAUUUUGGACGGGUUUAAAUCAUACGCCCAAAGAACAGAAGUGUCUGGGUUUGACUGCAAUUUUAAUGCCAUCACUGGACUCAAUGGCAGCGGCAAAUCGAAUAUUCUUGAUAGUAUUUGCUUCCUCCUUGGAAUUUCAAACCUCUCACAGGUCAGAGCUGGUAGCUUACAAGAGCUUAUUUACAAAAAUGGGCAAGCUGGCGUGACAAGAGCAACAGUAACUAUUACAUUCGAUAACACAGACAAGAACCAAACUCCAAUUGGAUAUGAAAGUUUUGAUGAGAUCACAAUCUCAAGACAGAUUGUACUUGGUGGACGAAACAAAUAUCUUAUUAAUGGGUGCAAUGCAAACAACACCAGAGUCCAGGAUUUGUUCAGAUCAGUCCAACUUAACAUCAACAAUCCUCAUUUUCUCAUUAUGCAGGGUCGAAUAACCAAGGUGUUGAACAUGAAACCUGUGGAGAUCUUGUCAAUGAUAGAGGAAGCAGCUGGUACCAAAAUGUAUGAGAGCAAAAAGCAGUCUGCACUGAGAACAAUAGAGAAAAAGGAGAGCAAACUGACUGAAAUUGAAAAGAUUUUAAAUGAGGAAAUCACCCCAACAAUUUCUCGUCUAAAAGAGGAAAGAUCAAGUUACAUGGAGUACCAGAAGGUUAUCAGGGAAAUUGAUCAUUUGAAGAAGCUGUGCAUUGCAUAUGAGUUCCUUAAAGCAGAGGAGUUGAAAAAAACAUCAGGUUCAGGCCUUGAUGAGAUGAUGGAAAACAAACAGAAGCUAGAGGAGAGAUUAAAAGAGUUGGAAGAAAUAACAAAUAAAAUCAAUAUUGAAAUCCAAGAACUCCAAAGCCGGAAAGAUGCACAAUCUGGCGGUGUUAUGAAAGAGCUUGAGGCCAAAGUUAAUGAAAUUUCAAAGGCCGAUGUGCAAGUAAACUCCGAUCUGAAGUACGCAAGAGAAGCAUUAAAAGGAGAACAGAAAAAGAAGAAAGAAAUCGAGAAGAAUAUCGCUGAUGAUGAAGCUCAGCUCAAAGCGAAAGAGAAGGAAAUCAGUAAAAGAGGGGAUGCCUUGAAGAAGCUUGAAGACCGAAGUAAAGAAGAUGAAGAGGCGAUUGCUGCUGCACAGAAGCAUUUCCACGCAGUGUCAGCGGGUUUAUCAAGUAACACUGAUGGAGAAGACAAAACACUCGCUGAUCAGUUGAUGGACUGCAAAAAUGCUAUCAGUGAAUCCGAGACGGAGAUUAAACAAGCAAACAUGAAGCUAAAGCAUUCAGAAAGCGAACUGAAGAAAAAACGGGCGGAUCUCAAAUCAACCGAAAAAGGCUACGAAAAAGACGCAGCGGUUGCAGAGAAGCUCAAAAAGGAGCAAGAGAAAAUCGAGGCCGACUUAAAGAAACUCAAUUUCGUCGAAGGAAAAGAUAUGGAGCUUGCAGGAAAAGUCGGGUCUUUGGAGAAAGAAGUGCAUCACCAUCGGCAAAUCAUUGAAAACUUGGAACUCAAGUUUCCACAUUUAUUCUUCGACUACAAAAGCCCCACGUCAAGUUUUGAUCGAGCAAAGGUGAAAGGUCUUGUCUGCAGACUUAUGAAAGUCAAGGACAUGAGAAAUGCUACUAGUUUGGAAGUUACAGCUGGUGGGAAGCUCUACAAUGUUGUUGUCGACUCAGAACAGACUGGAAAACAAUUGUUAGAAAAGGGGGAUUUGAAACGAAGGGUCACGAUUAUCCCCCUUAACAAAAUUUCAUCAAAAGCUCUUAGUGCUGAUGUGAUUAAAAAAGCAAAAAAUCUUGUUGGGGAUGCAAAUGUCAGCUCAGCAUUGUCUCUGGUUGGCUACGACAAAAAUAUCGAGGCUGCAAUGAAAUUCGUCUUUGGCUCUUCAUUUAUUUGUAAAGACAUGGAAGAUGCGAAAAAGGUGACAUUUGAUCCUGAGAUCAGAACGAAGUCGGUCACUAUCGAAGGAGAUGUCUUUGAUCCAGCCGGCACCUUGACUGGAGGUGCUAGAGCCCAAAGAGCAUCAGUUCUUGAGAAGCUUGAAGAGCUCAUGAAAGCAGCUGACAAACUGAGUGAGAAAGAGAAGCUGCUACACGAAGCGAAGAAGGAACUUGCAAUUUUGAAAAGAAAUGCUGAAAACUACGACCGCUUGAAGCAGCAAUUUGAUUUGAAGUCACGCGAGGCUGAGCUGGUGGAAGAGAGGCUCAAACAAAGCACGCAUCAUCAUAAGGUCGAAGAAGUGAAAUCACUGGAAGAUGAGAUAGAGGCUUCAAAGGCUUCAAUUGAAAAGGCGAAUGAAACGAAGACAAAUGCAAGCAAGAAGGCAGCUGAUUUGGAGUCAAACAUGAAGAAUGCAAAACUUCAUAGAGAAAAAGAACUCAAAAAAGCAGAGGAUCAGAUGAAUAAGGCGAAACAAAGAGCUGAGAACUCUACCAAAGAGUUUAAGGAAAAAGAACAGGAAAUAACCGAAAUACGAUUAGAGGUCGAGGAGCUGCAGAACGAGAUUGCAUCAUUGCAGGAACAGCUGAAGUCUUUUGACGAGUCUUUGGCCAAAGUCCAAACAGAGAUUGAAAAACACGAAGAACGAGUUAACGAGAGCAAGAACAAACUCGAGAAAGCAAAAGAUGAGUUGAAGCAGCACAAAGAUUCUCUCAAAGCCUGCAGCCAGGCCAUUGCAGAGAAAGUCAAAGAACAAAAUCAGUUAGCCAAGGAAGGAAAAGAGGUUCAAAUCCAACUGAAAGAGCUUGAAUAUGACAUUUCAAAGAAUAAGAAAGACAGCCAAGAUGCAGCCAAAAGGGUGGAACAUAUCCUUGCACAACAUGACUGGAUAGCCACUGAGAAGCAAUACUUUGGGCAGCCAAACACUGCUUAUGACUUCAAAGCUACUGAUCCAAAAGAGGCAGCAAGGAAGUUGACAAAACUGGAAGAAACUCGAGACAAGCUGAGCAAGAAUGUUAAUAUGAGGGCGAUGACAAUGCUUGGAAAAGCAGAAGAAAAGUACAAUGAUUUGAUGAAGAAGAAAAAGAUUGUUGAGAACGACAAGAAAAAGAUCGAAGAGCUAAUACAAGAACUUGAUGCAAAGAAGAACGAAGCGCUGAAAAAGGCCUGGGAACAAGUCAACAAGGACUUUGGUAGCAUAUACUCAACGCUUCUCCCUGGUACUAAUGCCAAAUUGUCACCACCAGAAGGACAGACUGUGCUUGAUGGUCUUGAGAUCAAAGUAGCUUUUGGCAACGUUUGGAAAGAGAGUUUGACGGAACUAAGCGGCGGUCAAAGGUCCUUGGUUGCUUUGUCUCUUAUUCUGGCUAUGUUGUUGUUUAAACCGGCUCCUAUUUACAUUCUGGAUGAAGUUGACGCCGCCCUUGAUUUGUCGCAUACACAGAACAUAGGCCAAAUGCUACGAUCACACUUCAAACAUUCGCAGUUCAUAGUCGUCUCUCUUAAAGAUGGCAUGUUCAACAAUGCCAAUGUCCUUUUCAAGACCCGGUUCAUCGACGGAGUCUCAACCGUUGCAAGGUACACUCAGAACCAGCCUUCAUCUUCAAAAACAGCAAACAAGCCACUGCAGCCUGAGAAAAGAGCGCCCCAAAAUGCCUCAAAAAGGCCAAGGCACCAGUGAACGCAACAUAAUUUAAUUGAUUUUGUAUAGUGUAUUCUUUAUUAAACUAGUGUUUUUAGUUGAAGCAAACAGAAACAUAGCGGUGGAUACUGCAAUCCUAAAUCUAUCGCCCAGGCCUGAUGUCAGUAUCGCCUCAUACCUCUAGCAAUCGAUUCAAAGUCCCCUCGAAUAAGCCCCUAAUCCUGAAAUAAAAGUAGUAAUAAGUACUCCUCGAGUCCAUGGCAGGAAAAAUUGAGUGUUAAAUGUAUUUUUAUUAAAAAAGGAAAAAUUGUAGAGGUUGGCUCGGAUGUCCCUUUCUCUUGGCCUCACAGUUUUAAUGAAGAUUUUUAGAUUUUUGUAAAUGCCACUGCAGGAGGACAGUAAAUUCACGGCUAAAAGCCACAUGAUACUGGCCAAAUGAUUUGAAAAUUUUGAAAUACAGGGUUCAGUUUGGGUCGUUGCAUAUUUAUUUUACGACUCCUACAAAAAAUUUUGCCUUGGAAUUGGAUUAUCGAUGUUUUUGAUUCUUUAUAUGAAUUAUGAUUUUUUACACUUGCUU